UGGGCAAAGUAAUCCUAUCUACAAGGCAGAGAAGAAAUUGGAUGAUCGUGCUCGAGAUACGAUUAGCCUGCGUCUGAGAAUUUCUCAUUUGCUCUGUGCUCUUAUUUCGAAGGCAUUUACCAUCAUGAUUGCCUUCAGUAGGAUUGUUAUGUCACUUCUUAGACAUGUUAAGGCUGAUAGAAAUCUGAUGAUGCGAUAGCUUUUUGGGUCCGUUAGCCAGGCUAGUUGGCUAGCAGCAAGUUAAAGAUAGCACUAGCUCAGGCAAAGCUACACUGGGACGGUUGCUAAGCUACAUAGCCGGGCUGCAGGCGUCACUUGCAACGCCAUUUAUAUUUUAUGUGUGGUUAAAACACCCCGCCGGCAUAAGGUGAAGAUGCUUAUUGUUCCUCAUUACUGAAGACCGCCCCUGUGUCUGCUAACGUUAGCUAGUCGGGCUUGGUAAGACUAUGGCAGACGAAAAUACUCAGUUCUGCGGCAACUGCAAACAUGACAUUCCGGAAGCAAAUUUCACUACCCAUGAGAUCCACUGCCGAAGAAACAUUGCACUUUGUGAUGUCUGCCAGGAGCCGGUGCCACGCUCAGAUCUGCAGGAGCAUAAGCAGCAGGAACAUAGCCAGAUUACUUGCAAAUGUGGACUCAAGAUAAAUAAGAAUCAAAUUGAAGUUCACCAGAACUCUGACUGCACUCAGAAGCUGGUGGCAUGCCAGUACUGUGAAUUGGAGAUUGCCUACAGUCAAGCCAGAGAGCAUGAAGAUUACUGUGGAGCUCGCACUGAGCCCUGCCCACAGUGCAAGUGCAAUAUCAUGUUGAGGGAAAAAGCCCUGCAUCCAAUGCUAUGUGGUAGUCCCACACUGCUCCAAGAGAGGAACAACAGCUACUCCAGUCGCAGUCCGGCAGACCUGCAGCCUCCGGGGUCCUGGUUUGACGGCCACUCCAUCCGAAACACCCUAAGAACCGAAGAGCGAGGACUCAAGGAAAAUAACCUCAGUGCAGCAAAACGUCAGGUCUUUCCCCGCGCUUUUGAGUCCACUUUUUAUAACGCUUCAAGACAAGGCAGCGCAGACUGGAAGAAUAUCGCCCCAAGGAAUAUGACAUCCAGCCGAUUAGCUGAACAGAGCGACAUCCUGAAUCGCAGCAGUGCAUGGCCAAUUCAAGACGAGGAUUCAUCAGGCCUCGACUACAUGCUAGCGCUCAGCUUGCAAACAGACGGAGAGUCCAUGACUGGUGGUGGAGAGGCCAAUCUGUGGAGUGACAUCUGGGACCACACAAAGACGUCCAACAGUUCCGUCGGCUGUCAACUUCCUACAUCCAACAACAAUUACCCAAACUUCCCCUCUCGCACAAGUGCCCUUCUCGACCGUGAUCAAACAGACAUCAUGCUUCCCUGUGAGUUUUGUGAAGAGUUGUUUCCUGAAGAGGACCUCAUUUUGCAUCAGACUGGCUGCAGCCCCGCAUCCGCUUUUGCGUCCUUCAGUAAGCAGCCACCGUCCCCCCCUAAAGAGGCCAGGAAUCCAGCAGGAAUGAUGCGCAGCCUCCCUAACACGCUAGCGUCCAACAUCCCCACCUUCCCAGGCUCCGUCUCGCCAGUUUCUUACAGUCCACCAGCCAGUCCACUAGAGGGCGACGUUGUGAUUCCAUGUGAAUUUUGUGGCGUUGCACUGGAAGAGGCUGUUGUCUUUCAUCAUCAGGACAAAUGCGAUAUGCGUCCUCAGACUGCCUUUCCACUGAACAAUAUAACAAAAGCAUCUUUCAAAAAAAAUCCUGCAAAGGACGCGUUUGGACGAACCUCUCCAGAUUUUCACAGGAGAAUAAAGCACCAAGGUGAUUUCUUGGACGAAGAUCUUGGAUUGGUUGGAGACGCACCGCCAGGACAAAACCAAAGGGAGUGGCAGAGAGGCUACAUUGGGCGGCCAAGUCAGCGAAAAACAUCCAACUGUGAGGUUUCGGCACAGACAAGAGCUCAGCAUGGCAGAGAAUUGGAAGGGGAGCUGUCGUCAUUCUCGGACUCUGACAAGCCAGGUUCUGAUUAUCUAAAGGGACUACAUUUAACAGAGAACAAAGAGGGGCGAGGAACCAGAAGGAAUGUGUUUACAAAGCUCCCUAAGAAGCAGAAUGAAGAUCAGCAGGAGGAAUGAGAGCUGCAACUUGUGGCGAGAAAGAUGUUUAUUCGCUCUCUGCUUUUUAUUUCUGUCCAUGUUUAAAAAUCUUAAAUAUAUCUGAUAAGUGCCUGUGUCAUCAGCAACACAACUCUACAUUUAACUGUCUACGGUGAUUUGAUUUUGCGAUGAAUAUUAUACAUUUGUCUCAGCUGAUCGUAACAUUGUUUUGUUGUAAGCGUUUUUUAAAUUCACCGUCCCGAAUUUGAAUAUUUCUUCUUCUAACCUUAAUAUACUCUUCAAUUAGUGUGUUUUUCUACUGUUGAAUAUUCUUUAGUACUUUAGCUAAUAGUUGAUGGAUUUCAUUGUAUCCUGAGAAGUGUCAUGUUGCGGUUACUUUUUCAGCUGUCUUCUGUUUCGUCUUUAUUUACGUAUGCGUCAUUUUCAGCCAAACUAAAUGAUUUAAAAAUAAGGUUUUAUAUCAAAGAAAUGCAAUUACAGGAUACAAUGUGCCACAAAUGUCUGAAGAUCUGCAGCAAAUCAUUUUUUAAGAGAAAAGAUUAAUUCUGAUUAAAAUGUAUGAGUGUUAUUCAUACCAGAGAGGACCAAGUAAAUGGUGAAAUCUCCUGGUUUGGCGUUUCUUCAUGCAUGUUGAUGAUCAUUAUCUGUGUACUGCAACCAAUGUCAAUGCUCUCAGCUCUGUGACUCUUUGGGUGUUUUGUAAUGUCAAUAAAUGUUCACGGCUACA